GAGGGAGGGGGGCGCUGGGAGAGCGGAGCCUUCCCGGGUUCCCGAUGCCGAGGACAAUGCUGCUGAGGAAGAGGCAAUGGCUGCAGAUGCAGAGCGAGGGGGUGCAUCCGCUCUGGUGCCGGCACGGGCUGUUAUGUCAGAGCAUCUAAACCAGAGAGUUUCGCAUCCGGCGCUCGGCGCGACCCCCGAGCCAAAGCAAGGACCCGAGCCGGACACUCCUUCUGCAGUGAUCACCAUGCCUCGAGCAAAGAUCUCGGCUCGUCCCGCUGGAAAUUGCUCUUUCAUAUGUGUUGGUGUCCCAAUUAAUGGAUUCUGACAUGGAUUAUGAAAGGCCAAACGUAGAAACUAUCAAAUGCGUCGUGGUUGGGGACAACGCAGUGGGCAAGACCAGGCUCAUCUGUGCCCGGGCUUGCAAUGCCACUCUAACUCAGUACCAGCUUCUAGCCACCCAUGUGCCCACGGUCUGGGCCAUUGACCAGUAUCGCGUUUGCCAGGAGGUAUUAGAACGCUCCCGAGAUGUGGUAGAUGAUGUGAGCGUAUCCUUGCGACUUUGGGACACAUUUGGAGACCAUCACAAGGACCGGCGCUUCGCUUAUGGAAGAUCUGAUGUUGUAGUGUUGUGCUUCUCCAUUGCUAACCCCAACUCCCUGCACCAUGUGAAGACCAUGUGGUACCCCGAGAUCAAACACUUCUGCCCCCGAGCACCUGUCAUCCUCGUGGGCUGUCAGCUGGACCUUCGCUAUGCUGACCUGGAAGCAGUCAAUCGAGCUAGGCGACCAUUAGCCAGACCAAUCAAGCCCAAUGAAAUUCUCCCCCCGGAGAAGGGCCGAGAGGUGGCCAAAGAGCUGGGGAUCCCCUAUUAUGAGACCAGUGUGGUAGCCCAGUUUGGCAUCAAGGAUGUCUUCGAUAAUGCCAUACGAGCCGCCCUCAUCUCCCGCCGACACCUCCAGUUCUGGAAAUCCCAUCUACGGAACGUCCAGAGGCCAUUGCUCCAGGCCCCAUUUUUGCCCCCCAAGCCACCCCCACCCAUCAUCGUUGUUCCCGACCCUCCUUCCAACAACGAAGAGCGCCCUGCCCACUUGCUGGAGGACCCGUUGUGUGCAGAUGUCAUCUUGGUGCUGCAAGAGAGGAUCAAAAUCUACGCGCACAAGAUCUACCUCUCCACCUCCUCCUCCAAGUUCUACGACUUGUUCUUAAUGGACUUGAGUGAGGAGGACCAGCAGGGCAUCAUGGGAAGUGGCAUCAGGGGUGGUGUGGCCGAGCGAACGCUCCAUCAGGAAGAAAGGCAUCACGGGCGAGAAUUCCUCCUGAGAGCUGCCAGUUUUGAUAUCUGCGAGAGUGCAGAGGAAGCUGGCUCUGGCCAGCAACAACCGUGCCUUAGAGCCUCCACCAGCGAUGGGAUAUUACGGGGCAAGAACUAUGGGGAAUGUGGGUUAAAGCAGGGGAGGAUUCUCUCCUCUUGGAGCCGUGCCUUUGUCAGCAUCCAGGAAGAGAUGGCAGAUGACCCCAUGACGUACAAGCCCCGGCCGAUGGUGGUGGUGAAGAUGGACCCUUCCAUCCAGUUGGGGCCCUUCAGGGCUGUGCUCAAGUAUCUGUACACGGGGGAGCUGGAUGAGAAUGAACGGGACCUCAUGCAUAUCGCCCACAUCGCAGAGCUGCUGGAAGUCUUUGACCUCAGGAUGAUGGUGGCCAACAUUCUAAACAACGAGGCGUUCAUGAACCAGGAGAUCACCAAAGCCUUCCAUGUCAGGAGAACCAACCGUGUCAAGGAGUGCCUGGCUAAAGGGACUUUUUCUGAUGUCACCUUUAUCCUGGACGAUGGUGCUAUCAGUGCCCACAAGCCCUUGCUAAUUUCCAGCUGUGACUGGAUGGCUGCUAUGUUCGGGGGUCCAUUUGUGGAGAGCUCAACGCGAGAGGUGGUGUUACCUUACACCAGCAAGAGUUGCAUGCGGGCGGUGCUGGAGUACCUGUACACCGGCCAGUUCUGUUCCACAUCCGACCUGGAUUACAUGAAGCUCAUCAUUCUGGCCAACCGCUUGUGUCUGCCACACUUGGUUGCGCUCACAGAGCAAUUCACAGUGUCUGGUCUGAUGGAGGCAACUCAGAUGUUAGUGGAUAUUGAUGGUGAUGUCCUUGUAUUCCUGGAGCUGGCUCAGUUCCACGGUGCCUACCAGCUUGCCGAUUGGUGCCUGCAUCACAUCUGCACCAACUACAACAACAUCUGUCGCAAGUUCCCUCGGGAGAUGAAGGCAAUGUCAGCAGAGAACCAAGACUACUUCGAGAAGCAUCGGUGGCCCCCUGUGUGGUACCUGAAGGAGGAGGACCACUAUCAGAGAGCUCGGAAAGAACGUGAGAAGGAAGAUUACCUCCAUCAGAAACGGCAACCCAAGAGAAGGUGGCUCUUCUGGAACGCCUCCUCCCCUGCCCAUUCGCCUUCCUCGUCAGCAGCCACAGCUUCAUCUUCAUCCUCCUCCUCUUCAUCAGCUGUGGUCUGAGAGGUGCCCUGCCCAUGCUACCGUUAUCUCUGAUGAGGAGGCCGACUGCCCUGAGCCAGUAGCUGGUUCGACAGGCUUGGAGAAGAUGGUCCCCCCUCCCCAGCUACAACCCUCAGCGGAGAAAGUGCGCAUGAAUCAUGUCCCUGAGGGGUUGCAAGAAACCUGCACAGGUGGUGCUCAGGAGCCAGAGCAUCACAGGUCCUGAUCCCUGCCUCCACUGGUGUUGCGCUCAGCAGCCAGAGGCUGCUCAUACGGAAUGGCAGGCAUGCCGGUUUCUUUACAAGGGGCUUGUUCAACUAGCAGAACAAACCUCACGUUUACAGGAAUGCCAGAGGGUUUAUUUUUUAAAAUGUACUAGAAGGAAAAUGCAGCACUUCUACAUUUUUUUUUAACUGAAGUGAUUUGUUAUUUCUUUUUCCUUGGCAAAAAGAAAAAAAGUUUAAAAAAAAGUGGGUGCUUCCCAUUGUCUGUUUUGUGCGCCGUGACAUUUCAGGCUGCUGUAAAUGCUAGAGCCCAGGGUUUCUUCUGGGCUCUUUUUGAUGGCAGGCAGCCAUUUUCUGUUGCACUUAUCACCUCUGCUCUUGUUUCUGGGAUGUUUACUUAAAGAAAGGCACGCAUAUCCUUGGAGCAGCAGGUGGCUGUAGACCCUCCUCGUGAAAGGCAGGCCCCGACGGAGGAGGCACAGAAACUCUGGUACAGCACUGGGACUAAACAGCAAGUGGGUUCUAAACCAGAAAGGCCACACUUGCUGCUGCCUGAGAAACCAGCUCACAGAUGCUGGUUUUUCUUUUCUUUUUUGCCAGUGGCCUGCAACACAAAGCUAUCAGAUUAACCAGUCUGGGGCCAAGUUAAGAUGGUAGGAAAGAGUCUGUUCCACCCCCAACCUGCUCCGUUUGGAUGUUUGGGAAGAUGCUGCUUCUGAAAGCAUAGGAAUCCCAAGCUGUUGACUCUUCUGUUUUGUUUUUUUAAAUAAAAGAAACCAAUACACAAGAAUUUGGAUUUUAGAGUGGAAGGUUCAAGUUGUAAUAAAUGGUAUUUUAAAAAGA